GAAAAAAGACGAGGUAACGCGACGCGGUCACAGGUCGGAGGCGGAUGGAAUAAUAAAGGGUUCUUCUUCCCUAUCCCCCUCCCCUCCUCUACUCGAGAAAGCGAAGACAGGGCGAGUGGGAGGCGUGUCGUUCCUCUCUGUUCUUCGGAAAAUUUUCCUCCCUCCCUUCUCCUCCGGUCGAAUCUCCACCAAUUCAACCGGCACUAUCGCUACCCUUCCCGUCCUCAACUCGCUUUCUUCUUGUUCUGCAUCGCCUUUUGCUUGUUCUCCAUCGCCCGGAUCACUUCCUUCUCUCUCUCUCUCUCUCGCCGUCUCUGUCAUUUUUUAUUUCCGGUAUACCUGAGAGAUGCGGCCUCAACGUCAUUGAUGUCUCCCCACCCGAAGCGCUCCUCAGAUAGCAGCCCAGUCAUCCCCUCCAUGAAGAAGCCCAAGUCCCAGCAACCCUCGCCCUGCUCCCUCGAGAAGAACGGUCUUCAACAUUGCUCCCCGCAGCCGUCAGACUCCGAUGCUAUGCUGGUCGAUCUCAAGGUCGAUUCCGCCGUCGAUGCUCCGCCAGCCCCCGCUCAGGCCAUGGCCCUUGGCAUCGGAUGCAGCGGCAGCACCGGGAUCGCGGCCAACCUCUCCCGUAAGAAGGCAACUCCUCCCCAGCCAACGAAGAAGCUCGUCAUCAAGCCCUUCAAAGCUAAGCCAAAGGUGCCUACUAAUUUUGAAGAGGAUACAUGGUCAGUAUUGAAGUCUGCCAUAGCUGCUGUCUUCCUGAAACAACCAGUUUCUUGCAGUCUUGAAGAUCUUUAUCAGGCUGUAUCUAAUCUUUGCCUGCACAAGAUGGGAGGGAGCCUUUACGAUCGUAUAAUGAAGGAAUGUGAAUCACACAUCUCUGCAACUCUUGAAUCUCUGGUUGGUCAGAGUCCUGACCUGGUCGUAUUUCUGUCUCUUGUGGAGAAAUGCUGGCAGGAUCACUGUGACCAGAUGUUGAUGAUUCGUAGUAUAGCCUUAUAUCUUGACAGAACUUAUGUCAGGCAAACUGCCAAUGUUCGCUCUUUGUGGGACAUGGGGUUGCAACUCUUUCGUAAACACCUGUCAUUGUGCCGGGAAGUUGAGCAUAAAACAGUUACUGGUCUUUUGAGAUUAAUUGAGAAGGAGAGAUUAGGUGAAGCUAUUGACAGAGCACUUCUUAACCAUCUCUUGAAGAUGUUUACUGCACUAGGGAUCUACACAGAGAGCUUUGAGAAACCAUUUCUUGAAGGCACUUCAGACUUUUAUGCUGCUGAAGGUGUAAAAUAUAUGCAGCAGUCAGAUGUUCCAGAUUACCUAAAGCAUGUGGAGUUGAGAUUACAUGAAGAGCAUGAAAGGUGUGUGCUCUACUUGGAUGCGGCAACAAGGAGGCCAUUGGUUGCAACUACUGAAAGGCAGCUACUAGAGCGCCACAUUUCUGCAAUUAUUGAUAAGGGAUUUACAUUGCUUAUGGAUGGGAAUCGUAUAUCAGAUCUUCAGAGGAUGUAUAUGCUGUUUUCAAGGGUGAACGGCCUUGAGCUACUUCGCCAGGCACUUGGUUUGUACAUAAGGAGUACUGGUCAGGGAAUUAUCAUGGACGAAGAGAAGGACAAAGAUAUGGUCUCAUCUCUCCUUGAGUUCAAGGCUUCUCUAGAUGCAAUUUGGGAGGAGAGCUUCUCCAAAAAUGAAUCCUUUUCAAAUACUAUUAAAGACGCGUUUGAACAUCUCAUUAAUCUUCGCCAGAACCGGUCAGCAGAACUCAUAGCUAAGUUUUUGGAUGAAAAACUUCGUGCUGGGAACAAAGGUACGUCCGAAGAAGAACUGGAGGGCACACUUGACAAGGUGCUUGUGCUAUUUCGUUUUAUCCAGGGUAAAGAUGUGUUUGAAGCAUUCUAUAAGAAGGACCUUGCCAAAAGGUUGUUGUUGGGAAAGAGUGCAUCCAUUGAUGCUGAAAAAUCAAUGAUCUCAAAGCUUAAAACAGAAUGCGGGAGCCAAUUCACAAAUAAACUGGAAGGAAUGUUCAAGGACAUUGAGUUGUCCAGAGAAAUAAAUGAUUCUUUCAAGCAGUCAUCACAGGCCAGAACGAAACUUCCCACAGGGAUAGAAUUGAAUGUCCAUGUCCUGACAACUGGCUACUGGCCAACAUACCCACCAAUGGACAUUCGACUUCCUUAUGAACUAAAUGUUUAUCAGGACAUCUUCAAGGAGUUCUAUCUAAGUAAAUAUAGCGGUCGGCGAUUAAUGUGGCAAAAUUCUUUGGGUCAUUGUGUACUGAAGGCAGAGUUCCCUAAAGGUAAAAAGGAGUUGGCUGUAUCUCUCUUUCAGACUGUUGUGUUGAUGCUGUUCAAUAAUACUCAAAAGCUCAGUUUCCAAUCUGUCAAGGAUUCUACUGGUAUUGAAGAUAAAGAGUUGAGAAGGACCCUACAAUCACUUGCCUGUGGGAAAGUCCGCGUGCUACAGAAGUUGCCCAGAGGAAGAGAUGUGGAGGAUGAAGAUUCCUUUGUGUUCAAUGAAGAGUUCAGUGCUCCCCUUUAUCGCAUAAAGGUGAAUGCCAUUCAAAUGAAAGAGACAGUUGAGGAGAACACCAGCACCACAGAAAGAGUUUUCCAGGAUCGUCAGUAUCAGGUUGAUGCUGCCAUCGUGCGGAUAAUGAAAACCAGGAAAGUACUGAGCCACACACUCUUGAUUACUGAGCUCUUCCAACAGCUCAAGUUCCCAGUGAAACCGGCUGACUUGAAGAAAAGAAUUGAAAGUCUUAUUGAUCGGGAGUACUUAGAGCGCGACAAGAACAAUCCUCAGAUAUAUAACUACCUGGCUUAAUACAUUUUUGGUGGCCACCAAAUGUUUGUAAAUGACACCUCACGGAAUAUAUCUAGAUCUUGUUUCACAUUACUAGGUUGCAGUGCUAAUGAUACUUGAAUUAUGGAGUCUCGUCAUGUAUAGUAGCAAGCUAAGCUGCGAUGACACUGUAAAAUAUUUCUUCUCCUUGUUUUUUGUUCCUUGUUCAGUAAGUAGGCGACAGCAAUGGUCUUCUCGCGAAAAAGAGAUUCCGCUGCCCAUAUAAUUUCAUCUUUUUAUAUGCA